AUGUAGAGCAGCAAGACUUAAGACUGACAGAAGACAUCAGAAGAAAAAAAAACAGGUCAAAUGAAUGCAACUAUGUCAACAGCGAUAAACAUCCAGUUCCUCAUGGUGGCUUGUGUGAUGGGGCUUGUUUUAAUAUCAUUUGGAGCUGAGGGAGCAUCUUCAAAACAUCUUCUGAAGAAAGGAAACCACAGGUCAUCAGAAGAAUUGGAUCCAUCAUCAUCAUCAUCAUACCGGUUGAUCUUGGAUCCUGAGUUCAAAUCCCCGGCCAACCCGAACCUUCCAAUAAACAACGACUCCAUCUCUCCAUGGACCUACACGUUUAUGCAGGAUGAGAGCCUGUACCCUUCUAACAUCGCAGUGGCGAAGUGUUCACUGACUGGAUGUCUUAUAGAUGGCACCGAGGACCAGGAUUACCAGUCCAAACCUAUUUACACCCAAAUCAUGGUCUUGAGGAAAAUUCGAGGAGAAAAGCACAACUAUUCCUUGAGACUCGAGUACAAAACCAUCGCAGUGGGAUGCACCUGCGUUCGUCCAUAUGUACAACAUGUUUAAAAUGUGGGAGCUAUAUGUUGGAUCAUUAGUGUUACGGUAUUACAAAAUCCAGAACAUAAGGCUUAAGACUUAUGACUUUAUAAUUUAUUUAUGGUAUCAUGUACAUGUUCACAAAAUGUGGGAUAUUUAUUUAUUUUCAUGAUAUUUUAUGAUUAUAUAUUUGUUUUUGUUUUAUUUUAUUUUUUUGCCAAUAGAAGAAUUGGAUCCAUCAUCGUCAUACUGGCUGAUAUUUGAAUAAUGAGUUAAAACUUUCAUCCGACUUGAUCCAUAAUAAUCUAAUUUAUUAACGUCAUUAUACAUGUGGUUUCAAAUGUGUUAUUUAUUUUCACUGGAUUUUUUUUUUUUUAAGAUUUUUAUUCAAAUAUUUUGUAGUAACUUUUUUAUUUAUUGAUCCAAAUGUGUUUUUAAGGAUAUGACUGCCACAAUAAACAAGAAAAAAAUUACAAAUAUUGUUCUGAUGGCCUUUUUUUUUAAACAACUCAAAAUCCAUAAUGAGGAAGUCACAAGGACAAAACUAUACCAGAAGUCCUUUAAUUACCUCUGCCUCUAAAAUAUAUCACAAUUUCUGUACAGAAUAUAGCCAAAUCAGACACCAGCUGAUCAUGAGGCAAGUGAACAUAUGUACAGCGGCAAAAGCGUAAGCAGUUUACCAAAAAUAGAGCCUUAAAGACAGGACAGAAGACAAACUGACUGCAUCCAUAUGGGCUUUAAAGUACAUGAAACCGUCCAAACGUCAUCCAGAUACUCAUAAACACAAAAAAAGUUACCACUAACAUU